GUUAAAAUUAAAAAAAAAAUAUUAAUAAAAUGUUUGUUAAUAAACUAUUAAGCGUGCCUUACAAAAACAAUUUAUUAAGGCUAUUAAGUAACAUUCGUAUAACUGAUAAAAUUGCACAGAAUGUCCGUUUAUUGGCCACAACUGCAGGCAAUACGAACAUUUUGGAUUUUCAUAAUGAAAAAUUACAAAAUUAUUUAGAAUCUUUGCGCAAAGAAUUCUACGAUUUACGUACAAAUUCCUCUGGCGAUGAUGAAGAAUAUAGAAGAAUGGCCCAGUUAUCGGAUAUAGUGAAAAUGCUUGAACAACAUCGUGCCAUAAAGGGUAACAUGCCUUCGCAGGAAGAUAUAGAUGCGGAAAAAGAUGAAGAUAUGAAAGAUUUGAUAAAGGAGGAAGCUGCAGUUUACACAGAACUUAUGAAAAAGACCGAGAGAGAACUCAUGGAGAAAAUGCUUACUUUGGCCGAUACCGAGUUUUACCCCUCACUGAUAUUUGAAGUUAAUGCUGGAGCUGGAGGUCAGGAAGCCAUGUUAUUUGCUAAAGAACUCUAUGAUAUGUAUACUAACUAUUUUGAUAACAAUAAUUGGGAUUAUGAGAUUUUGGCUGAGGAUUUAACGGAUAUAGGUGGUUUAAGAUAUGCCAAUGUUAUAGUUAAUGAUGUAGAUUCCUACAAACGUUUGCGUUAUGAGGCCGGUGUACAUCGUGUGCAAAGAGUGCCUACUACUGAAAAGUCGGGACGUAUACACACUAGCACUGCUUCUGUAGCUGUAAUACCAAGACCGGCUGAUGUGAAUGUUGUUAUAGCCGAUAAGGAUUUAAAGAUUGAAACGAAAAGAGCCAGUGGUGCGGGUGGUCAACAUGUAAAUACCACUGAUUCGGCAGUACGUAUAGUCCAUAUUCCCUCCGGCAUUGCCAUUGAAAGUCAAACUGAAAGAUCCCAAAUUAAAAAUAAGGAAAUUGCUUUAAAAAAGCUUCAAGCCAAGUUAAUUCAAAUACAAUUGGAAUCUUCUGAUGCCAGUACCAAAGCAACACGCAAAGCUCAACAGGGCAAUUUAGAUCGCAAUGAAAAGAUCCGUACCUAUAACUUUGUGCAGGAUCGUAUCACCGAUCAUCGUAUACAGGGAGGUACUGUACACAAUCUUAAAGAAUUUCUAGAAGGAGGCGAGCAUCUAAAUAGUCUUAUACAAAAAAUAGCCAUAGACUUCCGUAAAAAACGUUUAGCGGAAAUGGUGGAAAAUUGGAAGGAAGAAGAGACGCAGGCUGUAAAAGAAAAAUAAAUUGUUAUCUUGAUAGUAAAGUGAAUUUUAGAAAAAAUUUAAUCGUGUACUUGUAAAUUAAAAAGCCAGUUUUUGUUUUCAAUA